CAGCUCCUGGAUGUGCACCAAUGAUGCUGCUGCUCCUGCUCUUCACAGUUUUUCUCCCGCUUCAUAAUGCUCGGGUCAUUGGGGGCCAGGAAGCCCCACUUGGCUCCAGACCCUACAUGGCCUAUGUGCAAAUCGGGUCAACGGGAAGCUGCGGAGGGUUCCUGAUCCGAGAGGACGUGGUGGUGACAGCGGCUCAUUGUAACUGCAACCUGGGAAACAUCUUUGUCUACCUGGGAGUCCAAGACUUCACGAAGCCGGGACAGAACUGGCAACGGAUCCGGGCCCGUCGCUGGAUCCAGCACCCUGACUUCAACAAUGAGAACUAUGACAAUGACAUCAUGCUGCUGAAGCUGUGGCACAGCGCGGAGCUGACCGAGUGGGUGGGGCUUGUCUCAUUGCCGGAGGCUGAUCAGCACAUCGGCCCAGGAUCUGAGUGCAGUGUGGCCGGGUGGGGUCGGACCGGAGUGAACACCACCACCGACACGCUGCAGGAGGCAGAGCAGGAGGUGGUGUCAGACAGCCUGUGCAGAGAGCAGUACCAGCAUUACAACCCCACCACCAUGCUGUGUGCUGGCAGCCCCCUCACCAACCAAUCAGCCUUCCAGGGCGAUUCCGGCGGGCCCCUGGUGUGCAACGGGGUGGUCCAGGGCAUCGUCUCCAAUGGAAAUCCAGAUGGGCGACCCCCCAGCAUAUACACGAGAAUCUCCAAAUUCAUCCCCUGGAUCACUGAAACUCUGCAGAAACUGAGUUAAAGGAAACGCUCCCCUGCAAAGAGCCAAUGUUGCCAUACAGGGAUCCAUGCCUGUGUGGAACCCCAAGGUGCUUUAUAUCAGAGUAUUUCUUUCUAGUGUUAGAGAAAUACUUCGAGUGGCUCAGUCCUGAAAUCCUUCUGUGGCUAGAAAUACCCCAUCGAUGUUUGAAAUUUCGCUAUAUUGUCUCCCCAAGUGUCUAGUCAAUGUUUGGGAUCCUACGCGGGUUCCGGUUGGGAGCAGAGAUUGACAAUGGAGUCUGGUAUUUCCUGUGAUGCGAUCUAGUUUAUUUACAAGAAACAUCCAAAGUCCUGGUUCCCUGAGCAUGUUGGAAUCAAACAGCAGCAGACAGCUCCUCUGUUCACCGUGCAGAGCCUGCAUCUCCAGCCAAGACUCUGUGCCCAAAAUGGUUCUUCUCUUAGCUUUUUAUCAGGGCCACAUUCAUGUGCUCCCAAGUUGUGUCUGCCUGGCUUUUUACUUUGCCCUGUCCCCGGAUCUCUCUGUUUAUGUUGUGUCUGCCUGAGCCAUAUGCCCCAUUACCCCCAGAACAAUAUUCCGUGACAACCUUUCCUCCUGAGUUAUUAGAAUUCCCACGUGUUCACAAGGUUUUACAUCAGCUAAGGGGAUUCUGGAGCAAGGGUAGAAUUUUCUCUGCUGAAUUCUAUAGGACUUCUACAAAUGCUGAUCAUUUGUAUACCUAAUCCAUUCCUCACGGGUUUUCCACCAUCAAAAUUCCUAGCUGCAGCGUGUCUCUGGCUGACUUAAAAACUUUCUUUCCCCCAACCAGAGAGCAGGAACGGGGCCAUGUGGCUUUGGUGGCCAACCUAUGACCACAGAGCAUGGCUAGUCGAAUUAAACAGCCCAUGACAAUAGCACAUUGAAAUGGUUGUGUGAAAAACAUUGAAAUUUCAAUGAUUUUGUUUCACAUAUUUUGAGCCGGACCCAAAUUUGUUUGUUUUCAGUAUUUUCUUUUCUUUUUUCCUCUCCCCACCCUACAAGUAUUUAAUUAUUUAUUAUUUAUUAUUGUGAUACUGACUGGAGGUUGGAAAAACCCAAAGGAAGGGAACCCAGAAAACGUCACUGAGAUACA